CCGUUCUUCGCGCUUUUCUGUCACUGUCAUGUCUCAGGUUUCUCAUUUAAUCCACAGCUUUGUUUACGGGUGGAGAUAACACGAAGAAACCUCCAAACACAGCGAAUGAGACACUUACCUUUUACUUCUAAAUGGACGUUUUACGUGAAUAAAGUCACGCUGACCUCUGCUGGGUUGCCAGGGUUUGACCUGGACAGAGAGAGACCGGAGGAGGUUAUGAGCAGCGGUUUGAUUGACAGCCUGUUUCUUCUGCUUCUGUAUUUUUCCAUUCACAAUUCAGCUUCACUAUCCACAUAUCUCAACAUCUCAAUGCAUUCUGUAAACAUGAAGCACGUCUUGAAAUGGAGUCGACUGCAAACAGCCUGUUCCACUUUCAACCACACUGUACAAUUUCAAGGGGAGUACGAGUUGAACAAACUCAAUGGAUCUUGGGUGGACGCAUACGACUGUCAGGAGAUUCGAGAAAACCGCUGUGACCUCACGCAUGACUUGGCCUCCAACUCCGACUACAGCAUUCGCAUAAAGACAAACUGCGAUGGCCACGAAUCGUGGACGCAACUUCCAGAGACCUUCAACAGGAAAGACACUGUGCUGCUGACUCCGAAAAUGAUAGUGAAUGUGGAAAGGGAUCCCAUCCAGGUGCGCUUCAGUACAAAUCUGUCGGAAAUCACUGUAAAGCUUAAGGUCUGGAAGGAAGGAGACGAACAGAAUGCCUUAACUGACUUGACAAGAGCUCACCCCUAUCAUUUUUCCAUUGCUGCUCAUCGAGGGAAAGAAAAGAUGUGCUUCAAGGCAGAAGCACUAGUGGACGCAAUUAACAAAACCUGCAGCACUGACACGCAGUGUGUCAUCAUGCCUAAGCAGACAUCUGACAUGCCAGUGAUAGUGAGCGUUGCCGUAGUGAUAUCGCUUGCUGUGGCUUUUAUUCUGGGAUGGUCUGUUACGCGCUUUAGUCCACAGAUCAAACACAUCAUUUGCCACAGGGAGCCGAUUCCCAGUGCACUGCUGAACAACUGCCCCACAAGAACCCCAAAUCUGUUUACUGUCUCACCGGAGCCCACAGACCCACUUUUGUUGCUCAUCCCGGCAGAGCAUCAGUGCACAUCGAUGCAAACGGAGAGGAAUGACCGACGAACAUUAUCUGAAAACAUCAAAACAAGUCAUCGCUGAUAUGGAGGCCAUUUGUAGAAGUACUGCGGUUACUGCUGGACCGUCUGUGGUAUUUAAAGGGAUAGUUCACCCAAAAAUGAAAAAUAGUCACUCAAGUUCCAAACCUUUACCAGUUUCUUUCUUCUAAAUAUAUUUUGAGAUAUAAAGAUCUUAUGUAUUUUAUUAUCAAAAGAUUAAUGUAUAUAUUUUGAGAUACUUUGAAGAAUGCUGAAAACCAGUAACCAUUGACUUCUACACUUAAAAAAUUACUUUUGCUGCUUGUUCAAACUACUUAUUGAAAAUGAGUUGAAACAACACAAUUGUGUUAUAUAUAUGUUUUUUAAGGGGGGGGGGGCUUAAUUGUUUUAUAUUCAAUUCACUUAAAUUUGCAAAAAUAAUUAAGUUAGCUUAAUAUAUUAUACACAUAAUAUAUUAUUAGUCGUUGGUUCAAGCCUCGGCUGGGUCAGUUGGCGUUUCUGUGUGGAGUUUGCAUGUUCUCCCUGUGUUGGCGUGGGUUUCCUCCGGGUGCAAAAACAUGUAGUAUAGGUGAAUUGGGCAAAGCUAAAUUGUCCGUUGUGUUGUGUAUGUGUGUAUAUGGAUGUUUCCCAGUGAUGGGUUGCAGCUGGAAGGGCAUCAGCUGCGUAAAACAUGUGCUGGAAAAGUUUUCGGUUCAUUCCGUUGUGGCGACCCCAAAUUAAUAAAGGGACUAAGCCAAAAAGAAAAUGAAUGAAUGAAUCUACUUCUGUAAAUACGUUAAUCAUGUGUUUAUAUGAUUUAUCUACAAUGCAGUUUAUAAAGUAUUAGUUUAUGACUCAGUAAAUAUAUUAUAUGAGAGACUGUUUACCAAACAUGUUGUUCUAAUUAGAUUAGCAUUUUAAACCUUUAAUAUACAUUUUUAAAUAUAUAUUUUGACGUUUUUUACACAUCAAAAAUGUAAGUUUGCUAUUUAAAACGAGUUGAAAUAACACAAUAAAAUAACAAUAAUAAUAAUUAUAAAACAUAUAAUAAUAUGUAAUAAUAUAUAUAAUAACAAUAAUAGAAAUAAAAAUAAUUUUUGUGACAACUUAAUAAUUUUAUGUUCAAUCCACUUCAAUUUACAAAAUCUAAUAAGUUAACUUAAUUCCUUUAUGUUGUCCCAACACAAAUCGAUUGUGUGGAACCCAGCAUUUUUUUUUACAGUGUAUAAUAGUGUAAAACAAAUGUAAGUCAAUGGUUACAGGUUUCCAUCUUUCCUCAAAAUAUCUUCUUUUGUGUUCAGCAGAAAGUCUUUAAAACAAGGCAAAUAAAUGACAGAAUUUUUCAUUUUGGGUGAAGUUUAAACGGAAUAAAUCUGAUUCUGUUCACCUCUUGUUGGAGAAUGGGACAGUUAUAAGAGAUCUACGCUGUUGUUUCUCUUGAAUCAAGAGUCAUGAAUUGAUUAAUGGUUACAAUUUUGUAGUCACCACUGAAACAGUUUGGAUGGUAUCGUUUUCAGAAACCCAAAUCAAGAGUGCACCAAUAUCGACUAUAAAGUGUUAUAACAAUUAAGCCAUUACAUACCUCAAUUGCAUACCUGUUCUGUCUACGAAACACUGAUUGAGAAUUCAAUUUUUGACCUGCCUUGGUAAAUGUAAGAUUCAAUUUGAGAACAUGUUCAACAAUAUUGACUUUUGUUUUGAAUCAACUUUGUAUUUGACCACUUUUGCUUGUUUAAAACAGCAAAAUAAUCUUGUUUUUCGUUUUGACAGGAUUAUUUUGCUCAUUUUAAAUGAAAAACAAAACGUAAUUUUGGCAUAUUAUUUCUUAAAAUCAGACAAUAUUUUUUGCUUGUCUAGGAAAUACUUCUUGAUUUAUUUUUUUUUUAGAUAUUUGGACUAAAAACAAGAUAAAAUUGAAGCAAGAAAAACCUUUUUUACAGUGUCAUGAAGUCGUUUUUGUUUUUUUACAUCAUUAUUUAGCAUUUCUUAUUUUCUUUCUUGUUUUUCCUAUAUUCGAAUGCUCUGCCACGGUUACUUAUGUUGUUCGACUGUUUUUAUUAUCCACGUUUUGUGUUAUCUCAUGCAUUCCCCUUCCUGUAGAAUUGGAAUUCUUUUACAAUUAUUUCCUAAAUGUUGUUUAAAAGGGGAAAAUGUUUUUUUUUAACACAUUUUUAAACAUAAUAUUUAAAUAACUAAUUUCUGAUGAUGGCGACGCAGUAGGUAGUGCUGUUGUCUCACAGCAAGAAGGUCACUGGUUCAAGCCUCGGCUGGGUCAGUUGGCGUUUCUGUGUGGAGUUUGCAUGUUCUGCCUGCGUUCGCGUGGGUUUCCUCCGGGUGCUCCGGUGUAGUAGUGUAUGAGUGUGAAUGAGUGCGUGUGAAUGUUUCCCAGAGAUGGGUUGCAGCUGAAAGGGCAUCCGCUGCGUAAAACAUAUGCUGGAUAAGUUGGUGGUUCAUUCCGCUGUGGAGACCCCAGAUUAAUAAAGAGACUAAGCCGAAAAGAAAAUGAAUGAAUGAAUUUCUGAUGAUUUUUUUUUUUUUUGCCAUAUCGACAGUACAUAAUAUCUUACUAGUUAUUUUGCAAGAUACUAGUAUUCAACUUAAAGUGUGAUUUAAAGGCUUAACUAGGUUAAUUAGGCAGGUUAGGUUAUUUAAAAAAUGUUCACUAAUAAUAUUGCAUUUUUGAAUAAUAUUCAAAAACACUAAUAAUACAAAUAAACUUC